GUGUGGAGCAGGCUGAUGUAUCAAUUUAUGAAUAACAAUCCUAGGCUUGUAGGGAUGUCAUGUAGAGAAUAUUGAACUACUUGGAGACUAUAAUAUUGAUGAAUUCAGAAGUGAUUUUAUGAGCCACCUCUUGGGCAGGGAAACAGGAAAUACAAAUGCUCACAUUCCAUGGUUGGACUUUGGCAACAUUGGUGCAGCAGCAGUCUCAGAUGUUGACUCUCUCCUUUGGGCAGUGAAAAGGACUGAUGUCUGUGUACCAACAACAGCCAGCAUUGGAGUGGGUACAGAAUCCGAGCCGAACAGAGCAUGGACCUGGGAGAAAAGAAGCUCCAAGCACUGGGGCCUAUCUGCGUCCACGUCUGACUGUCCGACCGAAUGCUGGAAGCCAUCAGAAAUUGAGACUGAUGAAACCGUGCUGAGGAGGCGACAGAAGCAGAUAGAUUAUGGAAAGAACACGCCUGCCUAUCCACGCUACCAGCAAGAAGUCCCGAAGAGACUCCGAGUGCCAGGAAUACACCCCCAAACCCCCAACAAGUACAAGAAAUACAGCCGCCGCUCCUGGGAUAAGCAGAUCCGGCUGUGGAGGAAGGCACUUCAUGCUUGGGACCCACCAUUUGCGCAGGAAGAUGGCCUGAAGUCAAUCCCUGGGAUAGGUAUUUGGUCUCCUCUGCAUGGAAUGGACAAAGCAAAGACACCACUGGAGCAAUGGUUUGGUCCCCUGUGCUACACCCAUGUGGCUACAAGCAACUCCUCCUCAUUGAUGCCUGAUGAUCAGACUCCCUUUCCAUCUCGUCCUCUUGACAUCUCCCCAAAUGGAGAUGAGGACCCCUUUGAAUUACUCAGGUAUUUAAGGAAAGGUCACAGUACUAAUUGGACACCAUGGUAAUGAGCAAGUCAACACUUCUUCCUGAUCUUACAGGCCAGAGUAUAGACUGUGUAUUUGUUAUACACAGAGCAAGAGGAUGGCUGUAUGUUGAUCUGUGGAUUUUGUAUCUGAUUAUUUAAUGAACUUGUUUAAAAAUUCAGCAGUUUUUCUAAGCUUCAAUUUUCUUAAGAAGUUGGCUGUAUAUUUUGGGGGAUAGUAAAGAGUGAAUGAAGGUCUCGUGUUUGCCAACAUGUGCUUCAUUGUUCUGCUUCCAAAUGUGGGAACUCAUCGUGGGCUCCAUCACUGCUCAACCUGGAAGUAUAUCCUUGACCACCUGUCGUCUCUUUUCUCCCGAAACCCUUUUCCCAUCUCCAAGGGGGAUGGGGAAAAUAGGUAUCUUUAUCUAUUGGAUGAGUGUGGCCAAGGCUAAGUUUUAAAGUUCUGAAAUUGCUGAAUUUUUCCCUAACUAACUUCUGCAGAAUUCACACUUCUAGGUGUCACUGAUAGCAAAGCUUACUGUCUCUGAAUCCUUGUGUAGAAUAGAAUCUAAACAUCUCCUGAUAAGCUUUUUUUUAAAAAAGUAAAAGAACAGAGACUCGCGCCAAGUUCCUGGCUACCUAAUCUCUCAACAAGCCACAGGGUCAAUGGAAGAAGGAAUAGGAGCUUCCCCUUAACAGUUUGUAGAUGUAAUUGUUACUUGUAAGUAUUCUGGUGUGCAUUUAAAAAUGUCAGUUUUUUUUUUCUUUUGUUUUUAACUCCAAUGUAAGGGGUAAAAAUUGCUCUUUUGGCAGAGCAGGAAGGCUGAGUUUUCAUGUGUCCCUAUUAACUUAAACUGGCUCUGACCACACCCCACGCCAACCUGUCAAGGGAGUUAUGUUCUCAAAGAUGGUUAGAAUGCAGAUUUCUUUCUAACUGAAAAGAAAACACUGCAAAAUUUAAUCAAAGGCUAAAUUUUGAGUGGUUUCCAGAGUGACCUCUUUUAAACAUCGUCUUCACAUUUUGUUAACUUAUUCUUGCAUUUAAGGUCUUGACCUACCGUAAUGAGGUUUCACUCAAGUGUGAUCUAAUUUUUCACACCUUUCACCACCAAUGGACCUCUUGGUCCUCCUCACUCUGUCCACCCAUUCACCCCUAGCAGAAUCACCAUUCACUACAUUGUCUGUGGUCUUUGGUCACCUUUUUUCUGCAUGAAAGUUUAGUGAAGCAUUAGCACAGUAUGCUGAAAAAUUAUGCAAGACAGUUUUCCAAAUCAUCUUAUUCUGAGGUACUAGCCUCUUUUUAUGCCUUUAAGGCACCCAGACUCUGUUUUCUGCAUUGUUUUUGCCAGUUUUUCUCCUGAAAUUUGUCUAACCUUGUUAGCAAAAUGAUCAAUACCCUACAAGAUUUAAUCUUGUAGUUGAAUGGUUUGAAUUCGAGUAAUCACUGGCCCAUUGUUAGUGUUGACAUGAAAUGGAUUUAGCACACUUAGUUCCCAAUUAUAUGGAAAUGUGGAGUUGUGUACCAAGUGCUCUGAGUCUCUUGUAUUCUGUAGUCUGACUUGUAUAAAAUGUACUGGGGUUCACAUUGUCACUCAACUUUUUUUGAAUCUGUAAAUGUUCUGUUUUAAACUUUGUUUGAUGUCAGUGCUGUAAGGGUGAGUUUCUGUAACACUGAUAAACUAGUACAUAAAAAAAAAUCUGAAGGUG